AUGGAGCGUGCAUUCGAGUGCGCGCCAUAUCCAGAUGUGUUCACUCGCGAGGAACUGGCCAAUAGGAUUAAACUGACCGAAGCCAGAGUACAAGUUUGGUUCCAGAACAGGCGUGCCAGAUGGAGGAAAGAGAGAAAUCUGAGGAACAGCUCGGCUGUCGUUGAGACUGGGGGAGGGAAUCGGUCGGUGGGCGAUUCAAUAGCACGGGGGAAUAAUGCUGAAGAUCACUCUGAGUGCGAAACUCCGAUAAACGACUGUCAUUUUGGCCAAACAAAAAGCGGCUCAGGUGCAGAAGUAACCAAAAAUAUGGGCCAACCCACUAAUCUCAAAAAAGUCAAUUCAGCUCAUCGGCAGACCCCGACCCAGUUGCAGAUGGCUGCUAAUGUUCCUUUAGCGCCUUUCUUUAGAAAUGUGAACAAUUUUGUGAACACAGCUCCUGUAAGUGUUCUGCAGGAAAACAACGGGGCUGUUCACACUGCACCAUACCACAAUCUGUACUCUUUGUCCUAUCUUUGCAUGUAUCAGAAUCUGGUGCGUCAUCAAAGGUCAACUGAAAUGAUAUCGCGUCAACAAGAGUCCAUAGUGACAAAAAUUGAGCAGGAGUGA